AGUGUGGACACUGACAGUGGACAGUGUGGACACUCUGCGUCUGCCUCUGCACCGACCGACCACCACCGACUCUGCUCUGCUACGCUACUAGACCCCCGACCGACUGACUGGCAAAUAAAUUUAUAAUAAUAAUAAAACACAAUGGAAUUGGAAGAUAAAAUAAAAUACGAACAAAUAGAUAUAUAUGAGGAUCAACUAGAGAAAGUUGAUAUUGCAGAUUUGUUUAAAAAUGAUUCUGAGGAAAAUAAUGAUCUGAAAUAUGUCCCAAAUGAUGUAGAUUAUCAGGCAAUACUUACUGGCAGCGUGAAAAAUCACAACUUAGUUACAGAAGAAACUGAGAAAGAUAAAAUGGCCUCUGUAACGCAUAAGUGUGUUUACGCGGGAUGUUUUGAAAGAAACGAUGGAAGAAAUAAUAAGAUAUCUUUCUUUAAAUUUCCCCUGAAAGAUGUAGAGCGCACAAAAAUUUGGCAAAAAAAACUGCGGGAAUAUUGAUAUCAGUGACCUGAAACAGAGGGUAAUUUGCCAGCAUCAUUUUGCAGAGGAACAUAUUUACCAAAGUGGCCAAAGAAAGUUAUUAAGGAAAAAUGCUGUUCCUCUAAAAUGUACACAGUUAGCAACUGAUUUAGAUUUGUUUAAAAAUGAUUCUGAGGAAAAUAAGUAUUUUGAAGACACUCAUGGGAAUAACCACGUCCAAAUCAAGAGUUCCAACACGAUAUAUACAGAACAGCCCACUGAUGAUCUGAAAUAUGUCACAAAUGAUGCAGAUUAUCAGGCAAUACUUACUGGCAGCGUGAAAAAUCACAACUUAGUUACAGAAGAAACUGAGAAAGGUUUUCCUCCUUCAGUUGUUCAGAAAGGUGAUAUAGACAGUUAUAUAGUACAACACCCAACAGGAAAAUCACUCCAGCGCCAAUAUAAAAGUACCAAUAGUUCAAGAAAAGAGAUUGUUCAAAAUGAUCAAUUAAUUCAAAAUAUGACUGUACAUACUGACGAAAAACAAAUUAUUGCUCAAAACAAAAAAAGAAAAACAAAUUUGUCCAGUGAAAAGUCAUUUACAUGUAAUGUAUGUUCUAUGAAAUUUACUCUCAAAAGUAGCUUGAGAAAACAUUUACUUAGGCAUGCUCAAGAAAAUCCUUUUGAGUGCGAUAUUUGCCAUAAAAGGUUCAGCAAAAAUUUCCAGUGUCUUGUACAUAGACGUACGCAUAUCAAAGGGAAAUUCUUCAGAUGUGAUAUUUGCUUUAAGAACUUCAAGGGAGAAUUAACCUUAAACAGACAUAUGAAAUUGCACACUGGAGCAAAUUUUAUAAAGUGUCAUUACAGAUCCAAACAGUUUUCUCAAAAGGAGAGCAGAACCGAAGAAACAUUUUUGCAACAUAUCCCAUACAAUAAUGGCUCUAGAAUUUUAACAGAAAGUGACCAAUCUACUCAACAAGAAUUCCUCCAUGAUGAAGAUAAGACUUUACAAUCUAUCAUGUCUGAAAACAGUUCAGAUAUAUCAACAGAUAACAAUAAAUUAACAUGUAGUACACUUUCAAAUGUUGAAGAAAACACUGUGAAACAAACCAAAUUUGAUAAUCAUCUUAUAGAACAACCUAUACAAUAUGCAUUUGCACAUGGUACAUUAAAAGAUAAACCUUUUCAAUGCAGAAUUUGCUAUAAGCAGUUCUUAUUAAUAACCAGUCUAAAACGUCAUUUAUGUAGGCAUGCAGAUUUAGCUAGAUUUAAGAAACGCAUACAAAAACGGACUGGAGAACAACCAUUAAGAUGUAAUAUAUGUUUUAUAAAAUUCCCGCUUAAAGAUAGCAUAAUAAAUCAUUUACUUAGGCACACUGGAGAAAAACCCUUCGAGUGUGAUAUUUGUUGUAAACAGUUUUUUCACAAUUAUCAUUGUAUUGUUCAUAGACGUACACAUAUAUCAGAGAAACCUUUAGAAAAUAACGCACUUGAUAGUUAUUCUAACAUGCCCAUAGAAAUCGAUCAGUCAAUGGAAAAUGCGCCUUUAAAUGCAGAAGAAAAAUCUUUGCAACAUGUUAUAUUAGAUCAUUGUUCUAAUAUUUCAAAAGUAAAAUCAUUCCAAUGCAAAAUUUGUUUCAAACAGUUCUCAUUACACUGCAAUUUAAACCGUCAUACACUCACGCAUUCAGGAAUAAAACACUUUAAAUGCCUUAUAUGUUUAAAGAGAUUUUCUACAAAAAACAACCUAACAGAUCAUGAGCGCAUACAUUCUGGAGAAAAACCCUAUAAAUGCGAAUUGUGCCAAAAGGAAUUUAGGUCAAAGUAUCCCUUCAAGAAACAUAUUAGAUUACACACCGGCGUAAACCUUAUAAAAUGUGAUUAUUGUCCCAAACAGUUUACGGAUAACACACAACUUCAGAGUCACGUAGUAAGCCACACUGGAGAAAGACCAUUUGAGUGUGGUGUUUGUUUCAAGAAGUUUGCAACCAAAUCAACCCUGAGCAAACAUCUGCAUACCCACACUGACCGUACUAUGCGCUUUAAAUGCAUUACAUGUUUAAAGACAUUUUCUACAAAAGACACACUAACAGACCAUGAGCGCAUACAUUCUGGAGAAAAACCCUAUAAAUGUGAACUGUGUCAAAAGGAAUUUAGAUCAAAGGCGCCCUUCAACAAACAUAUGAGAUUGCACACCGGCGAAAACAUUAUAAAAUGUAAUUAUUGUCCUAAACAGUUUACAUGUAACAGUAAAUUUCAGAGGCACGUAGUAACACACACUGGAGAAAAACCAUUUCAGUGUGUUAUUUGUUUUAAACAGUUCUCAAUGCAAGGAUAUUUAAAACGUCAUAGACUCACGCACUUUGGAAUAAAACACUUUAAAUGCAUUAUAUGUGGCAAGAGAUUUUCUACAAAAAACAACCUAACAGAUCAUCAGCGCAUACAUUCUGGAGAAAAACCCUAUAAAUGUGAAUUGUGCCAAAAGGAAUUUAGGUCAAAGUAUCCCUUUAGGAAACAUAUGAGAUUACACACCGGCGAAAACAUUAUAAAAUGUAAUUAUUGUCCCAAACAGUUUACAUGUAACAGUCUAUUUCAGAUACACGUAGUAAAACACACUGGAGAAAAACCAUUUCAGUGUGAUAUUUGUUUUAAACAGUUCUCAAUGCAAUUACAUUUAAAACGUCAUAGACUCACGCACUUUGGAAUAAAACACUUUGAAUGCAUUAUAUGUUUAAAGAGAUUUUCUACAAAAGACACACUAACAGACCAUGAGCGCAUACAUUCUGGAGAAAAACCCUAUAAAUGUGAAUUGUGCCAAAAGGAAUUUAGGUCAAAGAAUCCCUUCAGGAAACAUAUGAGAUUACACACCGGCGAAAACCUUAUAAAGUGUGAUUAUUGUCCCGAACAGUUUACAUGUAACACAAAACUUCAGAGGCACGUAGUAAGACACUGGAGAAAAACUAAGUCAGCCUUUUGAAUGUAAUAUUUGUCAUAAACGAUUCAGUGACAAUGACAUAUAUGUUGAACACAGACGUACACAUCAUAUGGUAUGAAAACUUUAGUAAUAUUUUAAUUGCGCCAAAAAGUUUACCAAACAUUGUAUUAAGUGAACAUUGUAUUUAUUUUUUAGUUUACAUAAUUGAAAUGUUCAAAAUGUACACAAAUCCAAGGUAAACAAACCUCAUAACGAUUUUGCAGAUUCGUCACGUUCGUCAAAAUCAAAGGAAAGGUUCUCUAUGAUAACGGUUUGUUAGGUUCUGCUUAGUUGAGCGCUCUGCAGAGCGAUGGCAGUUACGUCGAUGGUGUUGACUGGAAUUAAUAGCAUACACAUCUAUACCAAAAUUAUAAUUGUAUUUUUAUAUAGUUAUCACUAUUGUAAUAAUUAAGUGGUGUCGACUAACUUUUCUCCUGAGGAAAAUGAAAGACUAGUGGAUCUAGUAAGAGAGCAUCCUCCAAUAUAUCACGUGAUAAGUAUAAGUUUCAAAGAUAACAUUAUUAAAAACAAUAUAAAUAAAAGUUAUGAACAUUGUUUCGCGAUAUGAAAUUAAAGUGACUGCAACAGAAUAUCAUAGCCGAUCGUAUUGCAAAGUACAGAGAGAUACUUAUCCCCAAUAAUUAUCCACACGUCUCUACACCUGUAUUAUAUGAAUUUGCACUUUGUAUAACAAAUGCUUUUGACGAACGUUGUUUGGAAACCAAUAUACGACUUCAAAGCGUGCAUUCGUAUGUAUUUUCGCCAAAACCAUGUAAUAGCAAUUUAGAAAUGUAAGAUUAGAUUAAUAAUUAUUUACUUUACAUUUUUAAGCAGUUUUAUUUUUGUUCUUAAACACGUGUAUUUUUAUAUUUUCUCUAAAUAAAGAAAACUUAUCUC